GCGAAGAUGGCCUAGGCUGGGGGAGUCGCUCCCGUGUCCUGCUGCCCCUUCCCCUGAAUCAGGGAACCUGGGGAAUCCCUCCCACCCCACGCGCGACACGGGAAUGGCUCCGUGGCCUCAUGGGAACGGCUCGCUAGCCUCAUGGGCAGACGCCCCCUCCCUGGCACCCAACACCGCCAACACGAGUGGGCUGCCAGGGGUGCCGUGGGCGGCGGCACUGGCUGGGGCGCUGUUGGCGCUAGUCACAGUGGGAGGCAACCUGCUGGUAAUCGUGGCCAUCCUCUUGACGCCGAGACUCCAGACCAUGACCAACGUGUUUGUGACUUCGCUGGCCGUAGCUGACUUGGUGAUGGGACUCCUAGUAGUGCCGCCCGGGGCCACUUUGGCGCUGACUGGCCACUGGCCCUUGGGCGCUACUGGUUGCGAGCUGUGGACCUCGGUGGACGUGCUAUGCGUAACUGCCAGCAUCGAAACCCUAUGCGCCCUGGCGGUGGAUCGCUACCUGGCCGUGACCAACCCGCUGCGUUAUGGCGCACUGGUCACUAAGCGCCGCGCCCGGGCAGCCGUGGUCCUGGUGUGGGUCGUCUCCGCCACGGUGUCCUUUGCGCCCAUCAUGAGCCAGUGGUGGCGCGUAGGGGCCGACGCCGAGGCGCAGCGUUGCCACUCCAAUCCGCGCUGCUGUUCCUUCGCCUCCAACAUGCCCUACGCACUGCUCUCCUCCUCGGUGUCCUUCUACCUUCCGCUUCUUGUGAUGCUCUUCGUCUACGCGCGAGUUUUUGUCGUGGCUAAGCGCCAACUGCGCUUGCUGCGCCGGGAGCUGGGCCGUUUCCCGCCAGAGGAGUCUCCGUCGGCCCUGUCGCGCUCUCUGUCCCCUGCCACUGCGGGGACGUGCGCUUCGCCCGAGGGAGUGCCCUCCUGCGGCCGGCGACCGGCGCGCCUCCUGCCUCUCCGGGAACACCGCGCCCUGCGCACCUUGGGUCUCAUCAUGGGCACCUUCACUCUCUGCUGGUUGCCCUUCUUUCUGGCCAACGUGCUGCGCGCCCUAGUGGGGCCCUCUGUGGUUCCCAGCCCGAUUUUCCUCGCCCUUAACUGGCUGGGCUAUGCCAACUCUGCCUUCAACCCGCUUAUCUACUGUCGCAGCCCGGACUUUCGCAGCGCCUUCCGUCGUCUUCUGUGUCGCUGCGGCGGCUGCCGACUGGAGGAGCCCCGCGCCGCCGCCUCUCCAGCCCGCGACCCCUCGGACGUCCCUGCGGCUCGGGCCAGCCCGGCUGAGUCCCCGCUCAACAGGGCUUCCUGGGGAGUUUCUUAG